AACUUUUAUAACCUAUAAAUUCAAGUUGCACGUGAAACUAAAACGUUGUGUUGUAAUUUUAUGCAGUGCUGGUGCAUCGUUUAAACAAUGACGGAAUUAACGAUAGAUUCGGUCCCUACAAAGGGACCGAUCUAUCCAAUGCUAAUAAACUUUCAAAACGGUUACCCGAGUGAAGACUUCGAAAGUGAAUGCGCAAUCAUACAAGAUACAGAUAAUGGGACUAAAAUGAUAGCUACUGAGCUUGAUGACCUUGUUUACUAUGGUAACGAGCAAAACGAAGAUUUGGGCAAGACCCUAAUACUAGCCAGAGACAGAAAAACCGGUAAAGUACGUCUUAUAGAGGUGGGCAACGCCGAACUCAUACCUUAUCGUAAAGUCGACUUAAACUCGUCGCAACAGGAAACCAGCAGGCUGGAGCUGAGUAGGAAGUUCGGAUCUAAAAAACAAAAGCAGCAAAUGGAACAGCGCGAGAAAUUGAAAUCAAAUGUUGUAACAGUUACAGAACAAAUGCAAAAUGUGACUGCGAAUGUUACUGCUGACCAAUUAGACCUAUCUUCGUAUAAUAAGACCGAUUCCGAAGACUUCUAUAUACCGCCUAUGGACAAAGACGCCACUAAGGUUGAAGAAGUAUAUCCUAUAGAGCAAAUCAUGUCCGAAGAAGAUUACGAGAACAUUUUAACAGAAUUAAAGGAAGUUGACUUUGUAGAGCACUACCAUCCGUACAUAAAAUCAUUAGUCAAAGGCCGAACAUAUUCUCCUCAGUUAACGGUGCUCGCUGUCUACACUAGUGAGCUCAUCAAGUUUACGCAUGUAGGUUGCAGGGAUUUAUUAAAGAAAGACUUUAAAGUAUGUGAUUUUUCUAACACAUUAAAUAAUAUCGCUUUAAAAUGCUUUACGGAGUUCAAUAAAGGAGUAAGAAAGCAACGAGUUAGACCGGGAUACUUGAAAGAUAAGCUAAUAUGUCACAUAAUGGUAUUUGUAUUGAUAUUAAGUAACUUUAAAUACAUGUUUGAGCCUUUAUGUGCAGCGUUGAAGAUGUCGCCUAAGUCUCAGGCUUGCCUCAAUAAGAUUAGGCUUAUCAGAGCAACAGUAGUACAUGCAGACGGAGGGAAGAUGUUGCAGUUAAAAUUGCCCUUGCCUGCAAAGGCUACGUUUUUGAGAAGGAAAAGUACUAAGUUUUGAUUAUCUGGGCUAAUGUGUUUUAGUUUGUUUCCUGUUAAGAUAAGAAUCAUGGGUAAUCCUCAUUUCAAAGAUAUGAACAAUAGUUGUAAAUAAAAACAUUAUUCAACCAAGAACAGUGGCCAGUGACCAAUAGUUGGGUUCUCUGUUUUUAGUCACAGUUAUUUAUACACAAUGUAAUAGGAGGAAACUGAAUAAUUAAAUCACACAUUUCUCAGGCCAAAAGGAAGAGAACAUGUUAUAUCCCAAAAUCUUUUUUUUUGUAUUUUAACAUAAAAAUAGAUGUUAGGCAUAAAACAGGAGGUUUUAAUUAGUAUCUAGACUUUUUUUCUAAAAAUACAAUUUUUGAACUUUUGAAUGUUUUGCACUUCUCGCUGUUAGACAUUUAUCAAUAAGGACAGUGAAACUUUGCUCCUAUAAUGGCAUAAACUCAUUCAAAUCUAAAAAUAUUUUAAGCACACAUUCCUGAGGCCAAAAGUAUUAGGUGUGUAAGUUUUAGUAAUGUUGCCAAAAAAAAUAUGUUAUUUAAUUUUCGUUUAUUUUUACAUGUGUUAACAAUACAGUUAUUAAUUAAAUUAUUUUUUUACGGAAUAUAACAUGUAUUUUACAUCUCAUGUAUAAUAAGGAUGUAAGGACUAUGCUCCAUCACUCAUCAUCACCAUCAAAAGCCCUUUUCUAAUUUUUUUUUAUUGGUUAUAAUAACUCUGAAACUAGAUGAAAUCCAGACAAGUUAAUAUAGAAUUAUAAUCUUAAAAUGUGAUCAGGAAUAUUAUUCAGCCUUCUCAUGUUACAUGGUGCAUAGUUU